UCAAAAAAUGCCGACGUCCAACGACCGACAUUUUUGUUUGAGUUACGCAAAAAAAGUGUGAUUAAAAUAAAAAAAAAUUAGCUAAAUUAUUUGACAACAUAUAUUAAAUUAAAAUAUACAUUAAUAUCCUCAAAGUUUUGUGUACUCGAAAAGUUUUUAGAACCGGAAUCCAAUUGGGAUUCUUUAGUCCCCGGUGAAGUGAAGUUUUGCUGUAAUAAAACAAUUGUUAUAACAUUUCUGUUAAUGCUAUGUUGAAAUUAAAUUAAUAUCAGUGAAUUCGACUUUCAUAUUUUGUAAAUUACAAAUAUGGAUAACUCUAUAACAAUAAAAACCGAGCCCGAAGAUUACGUGGAACCGUCUUCGCCGCAAAACUUGGUCGAACCGGAACAAGUACACAUCAAACCUGAACCUUUUCAGGAGAUAGAAGAAGAAAGAAACUGUAGCGUCGUAAAAAAGGAGCCCGUUGAUAUAAAUGAUGAGAAUUCCUCGAGUCAAGUCCAAACAACUAUUGUGAAAUUAGAACCGUUACAUAUUGCAAAUGAUGUGAGUGUUGAUGAAGAUCUAAUUGUCACAAAGAGAAAAAAGAAAAGAACUACACAAAGUGAUAAUGAUGAUGAAGAGUAUACACCAAAAAGGAAAAAGAAGACCAAAAAGGAUGAUGAUGCGAACCAGUCAUGUGGUAGUACGUCUAAAAAACAAAACAUGAUGUACACAGAAGACAUAACUAAAUACAUCGAGAUAGUGACAAUUACCGAAGAGGACAGACAGAAGGAGCACAGUGAGAUGCUGAAUGCGCGGAAACACAUGCGCCACAAAUGCGAAUGGUGCGCGCUGGGGUACGUCGUGGAGGACGCCUACAGGAUGCACAUGAAGGUGCACUCGCCGGAUGCGGGGGAGUAUGAGUGCGACCUGUGCCACUCGUUCCUGAAGCGCGAGAGCAUGCUGUACCGGCACCGGCUGCGGCACUACCGCCGCUACCGCUGCAUGCUGUGCCUCACGCUGCACAAGGAGCGCGACUCCGCCGCCAGCCACAUCAUGGCGCAGCACGCCAUGACGGCCUUCAGCUGCGACAUGUGCGGCAGGCAGUUCAAACGACCCCAGUAUCUUCAGAGGCAUAUAGACCAGCACCACACUAAGACGCUGAAACUUGAGUGCCCUGAGUGCAAACGGGUCUUUCACGAGAGAGGGCGCUACAGGAGUCACGUCAGGACCCACAACGAGGAAGUGAGGAACAACACGGACCACCCGACGGUGACGUGCGAGGUGUGCGCGCGCGUGUUCAGGAACAAUAGCACUCUGAAGCGCCACCUGGUGGCGCACCACUCGGACGUCGUGUGCGCCGUCUGCAUGACCCGCUUCGACAACAACCAGCAGCUCACCACACAUUACAACCAAGUGCACAACGGAAACUUCUUCAACUCCGGGGAAGAGUGUCCGCACUGUUCCCGCGUACUAGUCACCCGCGCCAUGCUCCACCGACAUAUACAACGUAUGCACAGCGACCGCACCAAGAAGUACCAGUGCGACCACUGCCAGCGGCUGUACCUGACGAAGGGCGAGGUGCGCGCGCACAUCAUGUGGUCGCACGAGCGCGCGCGCGGCGGGCACGGCUGCGCGCGCUGCGGCCGCGUGUUCCGCACGCCGGGCCGCCUGCGCCUGCACGCGCGCCGCGACCACCUGCGGCUGCCCGCGCCGCGCGACCACGCCUGCCACGUCUGCCGCAAGGCCUUCGAGAACAAACAAGUCCUGAAACGCCAUUUACGGGUCCACUCGGACGAGAUGUAUCCGUGCAAGGAAUGCGGGCUGCUAUUCAAAACUGAGCCCUACGUCGACGUGCAUUACAAACUAAAACAUUUGAACAUGACCCGAGCUCAAAUCAAGGGUCAAAUACAGAAGAGGAAAGCUCAAAGCAUCAAUCUAUUCAAACCGACCAUAGCUCAAUUGAAAACAAUAAAGUCAGACGGGAAGCUAGAAGUUAAAAUUAAUAAGGAUCUAAUUAAAAAAGAGAUCAACGCCAAGAAGAGUUUAAUGAUGAAUGACAUGAAGGAUCCACUGUCGAUCAGUAGCAAUGAUCUAGUGCAAAGGAAAAAUAUAAAUAAUUUGGCAGGCAAAAUGGAAUCGAACGGUAUUACUGAUAUAGUAACACCACUGUUCGAAACAUUUGUUGACAUACAAAGAGAUGUAGAAGGUUGAACUGUAUUCUAGAUAAAUACAUAGUUAUGACAAAUUAGUCCGCUUUCGUAAGUGUAAAUCUAUUUUUGUCUCUAUGCAGAUCCAGAUGUCUGUUAAUUCUACUGAUAUUGUACAAAGGUCUCAAUUUAUAGUCUAGUACCUGGAUGACUGAGCAUCGCUCUCAGUAUUUUUUUGUUAAAUCGUGUUUUUUUAAUAUUAUAUUUAGGUAUUGCUCAGUGUUGCUUAACAACGCCAUCUGUUGUCAAGUAGAAAGCAGUACUAAACACUCAUUGGCUGGCCUCGACCAUAGAGUCUGCUGAUUAGAGGUAGGUGAUACAUAUAUAUUUACAUUGCUAUAUAGUAAUAUCUAUAUAUUUCAGUUACAAUAACUAUAUACUGGUUCAAUAACGAAUAUUUUAAAAGUCUGUUAUCCAAAUAAUAAUAUUAGAUAACAGACUUUUAACAUAUUCGAAAAUAGAUAUCCGACCGAUGUGGGCGAUAUUGAAACCCAAUAUAUAGAUAUCAGAUCGGUAUCCAUAUUAUUCAUGCCUACUGCUAAUGGUCAAAAGUAGUACAAAUAAAACAAUCGAUUAUUUGAUUGAAUAUUUAAACUCCUAAUAACAUUUAGAGAGUGUUCCUGUGAUAAUUUCAACUAUAUAUAUAUAUAUA